AUGGAUCUGCUUUUAGUUACAUUACGGUACUUAAAACAUUAUCAUUCUGAAUGUUAUAUUGCUACAGAAUUGAAUCUGGCUCAAAAGACAGUAGAUUAUCUGUUAUUAUCAGUUCUGAACAUUUUGCAUACAUGUGUAUAUUCAGAAUUAAUUUCAUUGCCUGCUGAUAUGUCCAACAGAACUACAACACAGGGACCUGAAGAACAUCAUAAAUUAAUAGCUAAUUCAACUUUCAUCGCAAUUCCCCAGCCUGGUGAUUCAACUCAACGUAAAGCAUACUAUCAUGCAAAACGUACAACAAACUAUGCAUUAAAAGUGCAAAUAGCUUGUGAUUUUCAUCAUCGAAUAGUACAUGUGUCUGAAUGUUACAAAGGCAGUGUACAUGAUAUCACAAUUCUAAGAGAGUCAGGACUAUUAGAACAUGUGAAUGACUCUGUACAAAUUAUUGCUGACAAAGGUUAUAUUGGUGAAGAAUACGUCGUUACUCCAAGAAAGAAGCCUCAUGGGCGCGAAUCGGCAGAGGAAGACAAAAAUUUCAAUCGAAGUAUUAAUAGUGCAAGAGCGCCUAUUGAAAAUAUAAAUCAGCGUCUCAAAACCUAUGCCAUCUAUGGUAGUAUUUGCAGAGGAGCUGUUGAUGAUUUUCAUAAGAUAACUAAAAUUGCAAAAGUUGUUUCUGCUCUAUGUAAUAUGAAUUUGAAUAAACAUCCUAUGCGUAAAUAA